AUGGUGGUGAGCUUGAGAGGUUCUUGCUUGGUUAAACCAGCAAAGCCAACACAAAAUGGUUGUCUUACCUUGUCAGAAUGGGAUCAAAUAGAUGUCAUAACUCAUUUUCCCACUAUCUACUUCUACAAACCUCCAAAAGAGUGGCUCACUCCAACUUACAAGAUCAUAAAAACACUAAGAGAUUCAUUGAGCUUGGCAUUGGUGCAUUUUUAUCCAUUAGCCGGUCGUUUGAGUUCCAUAGGUGGAGGUCGUCUAGUGCUCGAUUGCAAUGCCAUGGGUGUUCAGCUCAUUGAAGCUGACUCCGAGUCCAAGGUAGAUGAUUUUGGCGACUUUUCUCCGUCCCCCGAGUUUGACUGUCUUAUCCCUUGUGUUAACUACAAGAGCACCCCUAUCCAUGAAUUGCCAUUACUAAUUGUGCAACUAACGAAGUUUAGUUGUGGGGGCAUUAGCCUCGGCAUGACAAUAUCACAUGCGGUUGUUGAUGGGCAAAGCGCUCUUCAUUUCGUGUCCGAGUGGGCUAGGCUUGCUCGAGGCGAGCCCAUAUCUGCAUCACCAUUCCUUGAUCGAAAGGUGUUGGAGGAUCUGCGAGCUGUUGAUCCAACACCAAAAUUACAUUUUGAUCAUGCCCAGUUCAAUCAACCGCCAAUUUUGAUUGUAAAAACAAGCAGCGAAGAAGAGAGAAAGAAGAAAACCACGGCAGCGAUGUUGAAACUGACAAAAACCCAAGUUGAGAAAAUCAAGGAUAAGGCUAAUGAAGGGUGGAACUGGACUAGUAGUGGUACUAGUCGUGCUUACACUCGUUAUGAGUCGAUCACUGGACACAUAUGGAGAUGCGCAUGCAAGGCACGCGGGCACAAAAGUGAGCAACUGACAUCAUUAGUUGUGACUGUUGAUUCACGCAGUCGUUGCAAGAAACCACCAUUGCCACAAAAGUACUUUGGCAAUGCAACUGUAGAUGUGGUCGCGACUGCCUACUCGGGUGAGCUACUGUCAAGACCAUUAGGUUAUGCUUCAAGUAGAAUAAGAGAAGCAAUUGAGAAAGUGACUGAUGAGUACCUCAACUCAGCCAUUAAUUUUCUCAAGAACCAAACAGACUUGUCAAAGUUUCAAUAUCUACAUGCAGUAGACCAGGAGAGUAAGCCUUUCUUCUAUGGAAACCCAAAUCUUGGAGUGACAAGUUGGAUGAGCUUGCCAAUGUAUGGGGUGGAUUUUGGUUGGGGAAAGGAAAUCUACAUGGGUCCAGGAAAUCAUGAUCUUGAUGGUGACACUUUGUUACUACCAAGUCACAACGAGGAUGGAUCGUUGGUUGUUGCAUUGUGUCUUCAAGUGGAUCGCCUGGAUGCUUUUAAGAAGUUCUUUUAUGAAGACAUUGUCUAGAAAUUGAUCAGCAGCAAAGAAUAAGGGUUUAGAGAUUACAAGAACAGUACUAUUGAUGUAAUGUUGAG